AACUUAGCUUUAUUGAGCUGUCAUUUAGUUGUCAAAAAUCUGACAAAGCGGUUUUUGAAACAACUUAAUUUCUUGAAUUUAUAUAAUUAUUUCAAUACAAGCAUCAAAAUGAGUUUUGGAUUACCUUCUCUUAAAGUAAAACCGGAAUUACCAUCUGGAUUGGGUAUAGAUCAAGGGGCAUAUGAAGUACCUAAUUUAAUGUCAACUGGAUUCGCAUCGGUAAAAUCUAAUUUGGAGGUGCCCCAUCCGUUAAUUUCAUCAGAACGUGGUUAUGCUAAAAAUCGUGAAAUGAUGAAUUUAACUAUGAUGAGAAACACUCAAGGUUUGCAUGCUCCGCUUCGUUACACAAUGGAAUGUCAAGCUGCGAAAAAAAUCGGUCAUUUACCGUUUUUACCGUCGUCUAAUAUAAUGUUGGAUGUUUUAACUGGGAAUGAUAUAGAAAUUGGGCCUCAAGAUAUCUUUGGAACGCCGGAAUUCAGGGAAAUUGUUGGACAACCUCAUGCUGUUGUUGAAAAAUCUUUAGGAAUACUUUAAACAUUUAUUUCUUGCUAAUAUUUAAUGAAAUAAAUUUUUUUUAUAUUAUAAUUUCAUUUAUUCUUA